AUGUCAAAUGUAUCGCUCUUCAAAGCUUAUGGCGAUGGUGAACCACCUCCAUAUUACAGUUUCAAUCCUAAGUAUACAAGCGAUGAAAAAUUUGGUCAGGGAAGAAUCAAAUCGGCCUGUUCUGAGGUCAAGAACAACUCCUUGAAACUGACAGGUAAUGCUGAAAAAGACCCACUUGCUGGCCUUCAUUGCAUGGGUAUUUUGGAUCUUGUGAACCACGACAAUAUCAAGGAUGUCAUCAUGGUCGUUCCAUUCCAAGGAACCAAAAAAUUGCGAGAGAAAAUAGAGGCGUUGACAAGCUCUUGCUCGACGAUGAACAGAUUGAAAUAUGUGAAACAAAAGGUGCUCGUUGUCACAGGAGCAAAAGUUGAGCCUGUGAAUAGGAGAGUAAUCAAGGACCCUGAUGGAGUGAAGAUGUAUUUUUCUUUUGGUUGA